GUGGGAGUGUGUGGCUUUCGCUUUGGAAGACACGAGCUAACAUGAGAAAACAUGGAGGUGGAUAUGCAUCUUGCGUCAUUCAGACUCAGCCUGGAGGAGCUGCGCCUUCGCUGAAGAGUUCAAAGUGUGGAACCACAGAACAUAGACAAGGACACACACACAAAAAAAUGGAACAAUCGAAGAGUCCUCCAGGAAACUCUACAGAUCAUCAUUUUCUGGACUCAGACUUCCGGUACAUUCUCUUCCCCAUUGCCUACAGCAUCUUCUUCCUUGUGGGCUUCAUUGCCAACAUCUACGUGCUGUUUGUCCUGCGGUGCCUCCGGGAAGCGAGGGCUAUGGCAGAGAUCAGGAUCUACAUGACCAACCUGACUAUUGCUGACCUGCUUUUUGUGUGUGCCCUUCCCUUCUGGGUUAGUUACUACAGCCGCAAGGGUAACUGGGUGUUCAUGGACUUCAUGUGCCAGUUGACAGGCUCGCUUUUUUUCAUCAACAACUAUGGUACCAUCCUCUUCCUCGGAGCCAUCAGCCUCAAUCGAUACUGGGCGAUCACUCGGCCCCUGGACGCAGCCUCCUCGGACCACAGGCGUCGUGGGAUCGUUGUGUCUGUUGCUAUCUGGUUGUUCACCGUGUCCAUGUCCAUCCCRUAUCUGACCUCACCUGGGACCAACUCAGACUCAGGCAUAACCCGAUGCUUUGAAGGUUACCAGAACAACACUGCUGCUGAGAAGAAGAUGACAGCUGUUUUUCAUUUCCUAAUAAUUGGCAUGUUUUUUGUUGUCUUUUUCCUUGUYGUUGUGUGUAAUUUCCUCAUCGCUCGAGCCUUACUUUCUCAACAGAUUUCAAAAAGCAAUUUUCGCUCGGACACAAUCAUCUCCAAAAGGUCCAACACGAUGACGCUCUCUCCCUCUAAAAGGCCUAAAGGAGUCAAACGAAGAGCGCUGCAGAUGCUCCUGGCCGUCGUGGGCGUAUUUGUUCUGUGUUUUCUGCCUCACCACAUUGUUCAAGGCCCCUGGGUGCUGGCAACGCUACAAAUCUCUGAGGGAUGGGGCCAAGUGAACUGGUCCCAGAACACCCGUCAAAUACUGAACGACUCACAUCAAAUAACUUUGGUCCUCAUGGGGCUCAACUGCGUUUUGGAUCCCGUGGUUUACUUCUUUGCCACAAGGAAGUUUCGGAGGUUUAUCGUGGACCAMUUUAAAAAGCUUUCGAGGGGGGAGGCCUGCUCUUACACAGCCAACACGCAGCUUUCAAUGGACAGCAAAAAUCAGAGCCAGAGAUUCCAACAACCCAACGAGGAAUAGCUAAAAUAUUUCUAAUGUGUUUAUUAAAACUGUAUAAAAAUUGGUCUGUAUUUGGCACAUAUUGUUACUGUGAAAUAUUACAAUUAUAUUUUGUUGCAGCUUUUUUAUUUUAUGUAUUUUCUCUAUUGACUGUUAAAUAUAUUUUUGUAAAUAUUGCGUUUUUGUCAUAUUUGUGGCCUUCAUUCAUUUGCUUUUAAGUAGUUUAUAUUAAUAACUCUGCCUUGAAGGAAAACACGUUGCCAAAGUUUUAAACCAUGAUGCCUCUCAAACUGUUGGCACUUGUGGUGAAUGAUGGGGAUGAUUCUCAACUUGUACUAUUUCAGAUUUUAGUUCGGUGUCUGUAAAACUGACUGAGGUGUUGCCAGUUUUGUGUUUGCCAAGGAGAGGUGGCCAUGUUAAAUUAAGUUGUACAUCCAACAACAGAUGGUUUUGUAGUUAAAAAAAUAGUUACAAAUGUGCAAAGUGGCCAAACUCUGACAUCUUGCGGUGUUGCUCUGGAAAUGCCACUGGAAUUUAAUAAAUUUAACCGGUAAAUUUAUGUUUUUAUACAGACCCAAUGAAUUUGCUCUAAAUUGUUUUGUGUUAAACUUUCCUUUAGGAUGAUAACUGAGAUUUUUCAUAAAUUUACUUUGUUUGUAAAUCUUAAUUUUGCUUGUUAAAUUUGAGAAAUUCCAAUGACRUUUCUAUAAGAGUUAAGCUCCACCAGGUCCAUGCACACUUGUUACUGCGAAAUGGGUUUCGUUAUUUAUUGUCCUCUCAUUUAUGAGAUAUUUUGCUCACAGAUUGAAAUACAUUUUUAAAGGGCCAAUAUUAUG